AACGAGACUUAACUCACUACUUCGCAUUCACUAAACCCAGAAAUCAGAGUUAGUGAUGGAGAGCGACGAGGAUUUUGAACAAUUUUCGCCCGUCGAGCGAGGAUCUUCUCCUGUCCCCAAAAGGAAACUGAAACGAUUGAGAAAAGCUGAACGGCUUGUAGAAAAAUCUCCGGAUUUUGAUGGGAAGUUUGCUCACCAAAAUUUGGAGGAACCAGAUUUCGAAUCUGAUUCUAAAUCUGAUCGUUUCGAGGAGGAAAAUGAGCUGAAUUUUGGUUUUGAGGAAAAUGAGAUGGGGAAAUUUGCGCACCAUAAUUCUGAGGAACCGGAUUUCGGAUCUGAUUCUAAAUCUGAUCGUUUCACCGAGGAAAAUGAGCUGAAUUUUGGUAUUGAGGAAAAUGAUAUGGGUCCUAAGAGAGACUCCAAAUUUGAUUAUGUCGACGAGGAACUUGAUGGAAAUAUUUCAAAAGAUGGAGUGCAGGAGAUGGAAACUGAAGACAAAAGUAGGGAGUUGGGGAUGGAAGAAUCGGAGAAGAAACGGCAUAAGAGUGGGGAUACUAAAAAGAAGAAGAACGGUAACAGAGUCAGAAGUGUUGGUUUUGAUGAGUUGCCUGCAUCGUCUGCUUCUGUAAAAAUGACAAAGAAGGAAAGAAGAGAACGUCUUGACCAACUGCGUGCUGAAUCUCAGAGACUGUUACGACAAACUAGAGAUGCUGCAUUUAAACCUGCUCCUCUGAUCCAAAAGCCUAUAUCAUCCGUUUUAGAGAAGAUUCGGCGAAGAAAGGAGGAGGUAUCAAAAAAAUUUCUCAAAAUGAGAGAGACUUUGUUCACUGGUGAUGAUGAUCAUCUAUCUGGGCACGUAAUGGUGGAUGUUGAUUCCGCUAAUAUCAUUGCUGAAGAAACAGAAAGUGUUAUGGUUGCGAAGAUGGAAAACGAGAGAAUUGGUGUAGAUGAAUCUUGCACGAAUGGGUCAAGUCAUAUGAAGAAUCACUCCAGUAAUCUGGCUGGGAAUCAAAGUCAUGAACAUAGUCCUUCUCAGGACCUGGUCUCUGGUUCUCAAACUAGUGACUCGAAAGGUGAGCUACCCGAAGAUACUUCGGAGGAUACUUCUGAUGAACUUCUGGAAGAAGUUUCGGCACCGUCUCUGCUUACAACGAACUUAAAGCUUGACGCUUCUUCUCAUGAUGUUUCUGAUGACGAGGACAAUGAUAAGGAGAAUGUUGAUCUCCAUCCGAUUAGUUCGUCUCCAAAUGGUGAUCCUGUUAAAGCUUUUGUUGAUGAUGAAGCUGAGGAGGAAGACGACGGUGAUAAUGACCUAAUUCGCUUCAAAGAUAAUGAGGACGAUGAGGAAAAUGAAGAUGAUGAAGAACUUAAGAAUAUGAUAGCAGCUGAAUACGAAGAAAAACAGACUGAUAUUGAAAGGCGUAAUCAACUCCAUCAGGCAUGGCUUGAGAAACAGGACAAUGCAGGAACAGAGAAUCUUUUGCAGAGACUUAAAUAUGGUUUACCCCAGAAGGAAGCAACCUUUCUUGAAGAAGAAGAAAAUGAAGAAAGCAGGGAAGACAAAGUGGACCAGGAUGAUGAUGAAGACGCAGAAGAUUUUACUUUCAAAAAUGUCAUGCGGAUGAAUAUAAAGAAAAUAAAGGAAAUGAUUCCUCAAAUGUUUACUGAUAAGGAUGAUGUAUACAUAUCAUCUGAGGAUGAGGAAAUCGAGAAGAGGCUGACUAGACAGUGCCUUUCUGAGAAAUCUGAGGAGCAGGCCAAGCUUUUAUCUCCAGCUGAAGAUGAAAGCUCCAAAGAACUCUUUUGUCGUAUAAAGAAGGUGAAUAAUGUGCCUGAUAAUCGGAGGAAAGCAAAACAAUCAUCUGUUUUUGAUAAGCGGCUCAUUGGAGGAAACAUGAAUGCAUCAAAGUCAUCUUUCAUUGGUCGUGGGUCAAACCGUUCUCUACCAUCAUCUCAAAAGAGGGGAUCAAGCAUGGCGGGCUCUUUUAUUUUUGAACGGGAUGACAGUCAUAGCAGGAGUUCAAUCUCAAUGGCAGAGGACUCUUCAGCUCUGAUUGAGCACGAGCAACAGAGAUCUAAAACAGCUUCGGUGAAAUUCAGUAAUUCACAGGUUAAAUCUAGUUCUCAAAGCACAAGGGCCGGAAAAGAAGUAAGCUCCCGCACUUCUUUAUACGAGAUACUGAAGCGCUCUUCCGUGCAGUCUGGUCCUGGCAAUUGUGACGGUGUGGUCGGCCAUUCUAAAGCCAUAUUUGCAGCAUUCAAAGUGGAAAAGAAGACAAUAAAGAAUGAAUCUGUAAAGUCUAUCUAGCAGGGUGUA